CAGGUGCGCUAAAUGUGGCUUUACAUAUGAUAUGGGAUUGUUAAGAAAUUAUUCGAAUUUAUGAAUGUGGGUGAUAAGAUGACGUACCUCAACUGUUCACGGUCGAUUUCUAUUCGAAUUAUUUGAAAUCGUUUAAAUUUUUGAUUGAACAAAGACUUCUCUAAGAACAUUUCAAGUGUAUGUCGUGUGACUGUGAUUUAAAACGACGAACUUUGUUCAGAUCUUUUUCACAUAAUAUACAUCGCAAGUGGACUUUUUUCGACAUUUGUUUAAAGCUUAGGUUGAACAUGCAAAUCUCUAUGGUAUAUUUACUGAAGGACUAAGUUAAAGAAUUCUUAUAACGUUAUUUGACAAACUCGACAUGGAUUGGUGUAUUCGCGAAGAACCAAGGACAUUUUUAACCUCAACAUACCAGCCGGGGGUCCGGUUUCCCGCGCAUUGGGGUCACGAACAACCCGAGACAAACGAAGAACUCGUGCACACAGACACAGGUGUACCCAGGAUCGUCAACCAUGCGUAUAAAAUGUCCACGUUCGCCUUCCCUAGAGCGGUCACGGUCGACAGCUCCUCUCGCCGGAUCUUGCACGCCUGUAACCGCCUCGCCACCCAGCAGUCUCCCAGGCAUCACCGCAAACAUAACAUGAUGGCGCCGGCGAUGGAGACGAGGGACGAUGGCGGAGUAGCGCAGGGGACGGAUCUGCUGGACCUGCUCACUUCUGCCCGAGACGGGCUUAACUCUUCCCGCUUUGAUGAGGCAGAAACAGACUUCCUCAAGCUGUACAAUGAGAUCCAGGAAAAACCGGAAGACAACGGUCGGCUGUUAGUAGAUACCCUGAUGGGCCUGGCGGACAUCUGCAUUCGGCGCUCCAGGAUGUGCCGCUCUAACCCGCUGGAGUGGCAGUGGCUGUGCCUUCACGGCAUCGCCCUGCUCCAGUACACGGCGGAAUUCUGUGAGUCCGAGUUUGAAACCCAACAGGACAACCAGGCCUCAGAGUGGUACCAGGAGCAGAAGGCGGCCGCCGAAAUGAGGUGUCGCCCUCUGGAGGACGCCUUCACACGCGCUCUCUACAACUGCCUAAAACACGACGCUAACUUCUUCGACCCUUUUCAGUCAUUUUCGUUACCAACUUCUUCUCUCGUACAUCAGCGAAAGUCAAAUGUGUUUCCACUCAGUUCUCACUUACCGCAAUACCUGUUGGCAACAAACAUGAGUUACAGGAUGACGGAUAAAGGCCUAGCGAAACAAAAUUCGGAUGAUUCUGAAGUGGCUGUGGAUUGGCUAGCAAAAUUUGAAUUUUACUGUAAGGACAGAUUGCAAACCAAAGACCAUAAGUGUGUGACUGAAAAAGUACUUCGUUCAACCAAGAGUGGUGCCGCUGAUGAAGAAUCAGAAAGCAUCAUGUCGGACAAUUCCGACAAUGACUCGCAUGGUUCUCUUGACUGGGAUCAUAGUGAUUUACAGGGAAUUGAAGAAAUAACUUCGGAUGUUACUGACAAAGAUUCGCCGGUGAAUGAGUAUUCUCUUGAGCUUGAACUUGCCUCAAGUGAUACUGAAAAUGAUGGCUGGGAUUUUUUUCUACACCAGCGAAGAAACUGCGAUUUUCAAAGUGUUGUGCAGAUAGCUACGAAGGAAGAUAAGAAUGAGAUUGACUGUGAGAUUCCCACUUAUUCAAAAGAAACACUUGAUACGUUCCAACAAGAAAAAAAAGAAAAGAAGCAUCGCACAAAACACAUAGAAGCUAAGGACAUUGUUUCACCAUUACAUGCUCAUAGUAUCAGUCUGACAUUGGCAAGGUCGUUUUGUAGACUGGCAGAUAAACUCGUACAAGAAGAGGAGUAUAAGAAAGCGGAAAUUGUGUACGAGAAAAUAAUGGACAUUAUCGAUGCUAUUCAGGACGGUACAGCGGGAAUGCUGAGGUUUAGUGCUCGGAUAAUGAAGAAUUUAGGAACGGUUAAAUCCAAACAAGGAAAGUCAUCGUCCGGGCUGGUUCUUCUGAACAAGGCGUUACACACAUACAGGGACUUGCAGGACGAAGAGGCUAACUUUGAAAUUGCAGUCGCGUUAAUAGAACUUGGAAACGGCUACAUUGUUGGGAAGAAUCAUGAAGAUUCUGUGUUCAAUGACGUUAUCAUUGCAAUAUGUGAUUUUUUCGAAAGAGAUUCAUGUGAUUCACAGUCUACAUCAAACUCGAGUUCCGUUCAGUCGCAUAUUUCACAAAUGACGUCAUCACUGACGUCAAAUUCUGAGGAGCGUUACGUGGAAGAAGCAGUCACGUGUUACACUGAGGCAAUCUCAUUAUUGGAUGCUUAUGAAGCAGACGAGAAACAAAUUGACAUGUUUGCCAAAGCAAUAAUGCGACUUGGGGAUUGUCAUUUCAUGCAGAAAGACUACGAUAAGGCUUUAGAAUGCUACGAAAAAGCACUAGGGAUGUUUCGAUCGAAUAACACUUUCGGUCGCGACUCGCUCAUGGAGAACGCGCACGUGUUGUGCAUGCUGGGCGUAUCGAGCUUCAUGCUGCACGUGUAUCCACGUGCCGCUUCCGUAUUCGAGACGGCUCUUCACAUGGUCCGGUGCGCGUAUGGGUUCAAAAGGACAUUUCUUAACGGGAUGUUGCAAUCAUUAGCAGGCAUUACAUAUUACAAAAUGAAAAACUACCACAAAUGUGUGUCGAUGUGUUAUCAAGGAUAUGAAACUUACUGUGAACUUUUUGGAGAAGGAAUGUCGAGGUUGGAUAAGCAGAAAUUCUGGCUAGUCUGCCAGACGCUUUACGUCAUGGGUAACUCAUACAACAUCCUAAACCUCCAGCUCAAGGCCAUGAAAUACCUAACAAUAGCACGAUCCUUGAUGAAAUCAUGCAAGAGCAGAGAAAGGCGCCAGUUCAUGCGAGUGUUGCAGAUUUUGGGCGACUGCUACUUUGCCGAGUAUGACUACAAGACCGCGCUGUCGUUUUACAAUGAGGCCCUGGAGUAUGGGGAGUGCGAGAGUCAGAUCUCGUUCGACGAGGUGUUUGACCCGAACUGCGCCUCGGACGAGAUGACGAUCCAUAACCACCUGGUGAGCAAGUCUGCGGAGGCGCACCUGUCCAUGCAUCAAUACCAGAACGCUGUGCACUAUCUUGAGCAGGCACACGACAUGCAGGAGGUGAUGGGCGAGGACAUCCGCGGCGACCUCAUUCACACGCUGCAUCAGCUUGGACACAUGCACUCUGCCGCCGGUGACGUGAACAAAGCCAUAGAGUCGUACCGCGAGUGUCUAGAGGUAUUCCGGGAGAUACACAAGGGUCAGCUCGGGCCUGAGAUGUGCACCACAUUAGGAAAUCUCGCCGCUAUCUGCUACGUCAAAGCGUGCAUUUCUGAAGACAUGCGAGAAGAACAAGCCAUGAUUGAAUCCGCAGACGCAUACUUCAAGGAAGCGUUAUCAUUGGAAACCCACGCUGAAGUGUGCGUCAAAUACGGAAACUUUCUAUUUAGUCAGUGUCAUUUCGACGAGGCAAUCAACCAUUUACGGAACGUGCUUUGCAGCGACCGAAUUGCUACAGACAUCGUGUACAGAGGACUGGAGAAGGUGACACUUCCGGAGCUGCUUCAAGACGAGGUUGACACACAGGAGGAGAUCUGCCUCCCCUCCAGCUGCCUCGCUCGCUACCUCCUUAUUCUGACACACAAAGCGCUUGGCGAGAUACUGGAUGCAGAAGAACACCUAAUCUGUCUUAUGGAGGAGGUUUGGGAGUACGAUGUGCCGCUCCUUUACUCGCUCCUCGGGUACGCCAUGAUGGAACUAGCCCUGUUUGAGGAGGCGGCCGAGAGCUUCCGUUUGGCAGCGGAAGAUGAAGAGGAGUAUCAGCUGGCAGUGGAGAACUUCUGCAUAUGCCUCCUCAUCUUGGUCGCUAAGACGCUCAUUGCUGGGACUGAAAAUAUAUGCCAUUUUCUGAUGCAAAAUAAUAGGGCAAGUUGUGUGUGAACAUGUUAACACUUGGUUUAUCCAUAUAUGUAUGUCCGUGUGUCGUCGCAUUUCACGUAUACUUCUGAAUUCCAUUUGAAAUGAUACAUGAGUUUUAAAUAUGUUUGCACUACGUUAGUACAAUGGUACUAGUAAGAUAUUAAGUUUGAACAUCAAACCUAUACUAAAAACUAUAAUUAUACAGACUAUAUAGUAUGGAAGAGAAUAUCGUAUAUAUAUAUAUAUAUAUAU